AGCAGAGUCGCUGCCUCGAGUGCUGGCUGAGCUAUCUCGCCUGGCUUGCCUUCUUCCAGUGCGCGCGUCCACGACAUUGCGGCCCCCAGACACACAGCCCCCUCCCCUUGGGACCGGCAUAGUAGCAACAUAUCGGACACGAAGCCUGCAAGGAGCCCCAGGCAGCAACAACCCAAUUUGUCCUCAGGCCAAGAACUCUCCGAUCCACCAGCACAAUGGGCAUUAGUGAGAGCGACCGCGUGUUUCUUCGGCAGUGUGUCGCCCUUGCCCGUGAGGCUCUCGAGGCCGGAGAUGACGCCUUCGGCUCGGUGCUCGUCGACGGCGCCGGCAAGGUGCGCUACACGGAUCGCAACCGGACCCGCACCAAGCAGGACGUGACCUGGCACCCCGAGUUCACCAUUGUCGUGUCGGCGCAGACGCACAUGACGCCCGAGGAGCGCGCCGCCGCGACCGUCUACACGUCGGGCGAGCACUGCCAGAUGUGCUCGACGGCCCACGGCUACGCGGGGCUAGGCCGGAUCGUCUUUGCGUCGUCGUCGGGCCAGUUUGCGCAGUGGCUCGCCGAGCUGGGAGUCGUCGAGCGCAGGGUCCGCAGCAUCCCCAUCAGGGAUGUCGUGCCCGGCUUGACGGUCGACGGGCCCGACGACGAGACGGCGGCUGAGGUCUACAAGCUUCACCAGGCCCGGUACGGCAAGCUCAAGGUGCCCUUUGGGCCUAGCUACGGUGAGACUGCGCCCGCGAUCGAUCUACGGAAAAGACGCCGCGAUGCGCUGGAGCACGGGCGCUGGUAUAUCUGCGACGCGCGGCGGCCGUUGCUGGCGCGACUUCUCGUCUUGCUGUUGCUGCUUGAGAUCUGCUCGGCAUCCAGCACUGGCCUCGUCGUCGUCACUAUCGUCACUGUCAUCGUGGUGUACAGGUCGCACUCGCCGAUAUCCAGCAUCAUGGUAGUCGCAAAGCCCAUCCUAGGAGCCGUCGCCGCCGCAGGCUUGCUUUCGGGCAUCUCGAGCAGCACGGUAGCAGCAGCAGAAGUCGCCCGCGGUGUCGGCGCUGCGGAGCUCUCGCCUAACGAGACCGAGUGGCUGAGGACGCGGCGGAAUAAUACUAUCGAGCCGAUGACGGCGUUCCUUAAGCGUGUUAACAUCUCGGGCUUCGACGUCGAUAGCUUUAUAAGGAGCGCGAGUAACGACGCCUCCGUGCUGCCUAACAUUGCUAUCGCGGCCUCGGGCGGCGGCUACCGCGCCCUGAUGAACGGUGCCGGCUUCAUCGCGGCCGCUGACAGCCGCGUGGCUGGCGCUAAUAGUACGGGCGGUAUCGGGGGCCUCCUGCAGUCGGCGACGUACCUUGCGGGCCGGUCUGCUGCAGGCCGGCAGCUCGAACACAGGGCUGUGGCUUUCGACCGCAGUAUCCUGGUCGGCCCGAGUGCGGGCGCGCUCUCCGAGGUCGAGUACUGGAAGGGUAUCUACGACAGCGUCGAGGCCAAGGAGGCCGCGGGCUUUAACACGUCCAUUACCGACUACUGGGGCCGCACGCUCUCGUUCCAGCUCGUCAACGAUACUAGCGGCGCCGACGAGCGUAGCCCGGGCACCACGGCCGUCUCGAGCAACUCGACCGUCUUCGAGUUUAACCCCUGGGAGCUAGGCUCGUGGGACCCCACCGUGUACGGCUUCACGCCGCUCGAGUACCUCGGGUCCAACUUCACUAAUAGCACCGUGUCCAACGCCACUAGCCAGCAGUGCGUCAGGGGCUUCGACCAGUACGGCUUUGUUAUGGGCACGAGCAGCAGCUUGUUUAACGAGCUGCUGCUUCAGAACCUCUCGUCGCGCGUUCCAGGAGGGGCUCAGCUCGUCGACGGCGGCGAGGACCUGCAGAACAUCCCCCUCGACCCGCUGAUCCAGCCCGCCCGUGCCGUCGACGUUAUCUUUGCUACCGACUCGUCUGCCGAUAUUAACAACUGGCCUAACGCCACGGCCCUGCGCGCCACCUACGUACGCAGCCUCACCUCCAUCGCCAACGGCACUCAAUUCCCCAGGAUCCCCUCCGCCGAGACCUUCAUUAACCUCGGUCUUAACCGCCGCCCGACCGCCUUCGGCUAUAACGCCGGUAUCGUUACCUCGAACGGCACAACCAACAGUGGCUCGAGCACCGUUACCGGCCCCGUCCGCUAUCCGCUUAUCGUCUACGUCCCUAAUACGCCGUACACGGCCCUCAGCAACGUCUUAACGUUCCAAAUGUCCUACGACGCCGCCACGCGCAACGACAUCAUCCAGAACGGCUACAACGUCGCGACCAUAGGCAACGGCACCAUCGACAGCUCCUGGCCGACCUGCGUCGGCUGCUUCGUGCUGCAGCGCAGCCUCGUGCGCUCCGGCGCCGCCAUCCCCACCGCCUGCCAGGCUUGCUACCGCCGCUUCUGCUACAACGGCACCGUCGACGACACGCCCGUCACGGCGUACAACCCGAUCCCGUUCCUGCAGCUCACGGGCAGCUCGACCACGGGGAGCUCCCCCAGCUCGGCGGGCACGGGCCCCGGCGCCAGUCACACGAACGGGGCUGUCCGGGCUACGGGCACCUACAGUGGCGCGGCUGCUGCGUUUCUCCUGAGUGUGAGUGCGCUUGUGGCUUUGAUGUAAGGGGUGUUCCAUAGUGGUGCUAUAUGGCGGUUUUGACUGAGUUCGAGCUGGAGGGAGCAAGACGUCUCCUUCUCAACUAUUGAUCACACUGUAACUUUGACAGAAUAGUGCAUACAAAUAAUACCAUAAUGACAUACUGUGAUAUUUUA